AUGUCUAAUAAACAUGGACAGGCUACAUCAGUCGUUAAUGCACUCACUCUGGCUCAGCAUCAGACUCGUAAGACACCAAAUAAUUUCAAUUCCAAUACUGUUGCUUCCAGUUCCAGGUAUUGGCCAAAAUGCCCAUCAUGUGGUCGAUGUCAUCCGUUUCGGUCAUAUAUACAAUAUCCAUCCACAAAAACUGAAAAUGUAUUGAUUUCGCCAAGAGCGCCAUCAUGUAGUGACAUAGGCACUCAUAAGAGGAUUUUGGCUUCGCCCUUUGGCGAAGUGUUGUUUGCCCCUAUAGUCUGUCUUUCAACAGAACAAUCGGUUCACAAAGAGGCACAGACAGACAUCCCGAAUGAACUUAUAUCGAAGCAUAGUUGUGAACCUGCUCAACAACAUCACCAUUCUCUUCAUGAUCUGCAGCAGAGGCGACAGUAUCACCCUUCUACCAUUGAAGGAAGACAGAAUAGCAUGAUGGGUGCAGAGGAUCGACUUUAUAAUCCUCAGCCUAACGUAAGGUCUUCAUUACUACCUGAGAAUAAUCAGUUCCAACAUGAUUUAGAAAGAUCUAUAGCCAAACCAAUGAAUGAAAGUGAAAAACUAGAUACUGAGAUAGUUCGAGAAAUAGAAAAUGAGGAUGGAAUACAGUGGCCCAGUGAAACAUUUCAUUAUUUUACUGACUAUGAACCUAAUGCAUUAUUGACGGAUCCAAGUUUGCUGACGAAAAUCAAGGUUGAAAAUCCUGCAGAACUGGAUAAAAAUACGAUUGGCAAUUGUGUGCAGCGAACUCCACGGGUUUCCGGUAGUCGUGGCGCAUCCACAGUCAUUCAGUGUUCAGAUCAUGUUUGCAACCACGAUGUACAUGUACCGGAUUGUGAAGAGCCGAUAGCCAAUGCUGACAUUGGCCGCCAGCGCAUAAAUAAUUUUGACAUUUUGGCUAGCCGAUCAGAGCGCCAAAACCCAUCUGAUCCAGAACCAGGGCUGCAUGCAAGCCAAUUGAGUUAUUAUGGUUCGAAAAAGGCAUCAACAUUUGUGGAAGACCUUUUAUUAAAUCGCGUUCAGGGCGAAUGUCUGACAGUAACGUCCAAGCUUGAUCAAGCGGAUGAUGGUGUCUGUGAACAACUGGGCAACUCUGAGGUCAUCAAUCGUCAGGGCAACCUGGUUCACUUAGCAGAUGAAGUUGUAAAUACUCAUGAGGAAACGGCAUCCACACCGGAGGAAAGCCCAGAAGACAAUUCUAAGAAGUCCAAUUCAGCUGAGCCAGAGAACGCUAGAGAAGCACACUAUUGGUCAAGAAUGCUAUUAGAAGAAGUUGCAGGAAAUGCUGCAGAGGAGAUGGGAUUCGAAGAUAAUAAUAAAGUCUCCUCGACUGCAUCUAAUUCUGGCAUUCAUGCCAAUGAAAUGCGCGCCAGCAACAGUAUGGAUGAGUUCACAUCCGAAAAGGUAAGUAAAUCUUCUAUUGUUCGAGGCUGUCACAUUUGGUUGCGUAAUAUACUAGACGCGCGUCAACUUUGGCUUAGUCAAGCACGUUUACUUUCUUAA